AUGGUAAAAGCAGUAUUGGGUGGAGACAAGGCAGCAGUGGCAGCCUCAAAUGCUGCCUUCUCAAAUGCUGGUAUUGGUAGAACUGGAACAUAUUUAGCUUUAGAUUAUCUGAUACAACAAGCUCAAGCUGAAAAUUCUGUAGAUAUUUUUUCUUGUGUAUCACAGAUGAGACAAGAAAGAGUUAACAUGGUCCAGACUGUGGACCAGUACAUCUUGCUUCAUGAUGCUCUAACAGUUUGGUAUAUAGCUGAUGAUACAACAACAUCAAUAACAAAUUAUCCUCAAAUAUAUAAUCAACUUCUACAACAAGAUAAACAUAAUAAUACAUCACAAUUACAACAUAAAUAUCAGUUGAUGAAUAAAAUAAGUUGUAAGAUAGAUAAAGAUGGUUACUCAGAAGCUCUUAAACCAGAAAAUAUAAAUAAAAAUAGAGAUCAAAAUGUGUUAGCUGCUAAUUCUGCUAGAUUGAUGAUAAUGAGAUCAGCCUAUGAGAAUUCUUCCGAUUAUAUCAACGCAGUUUAUCUUCCGAUUCUAUCGUUUCGUUUUGGCCCCCAGAGUUACAAGAAAAAAAGAGGUUAUAUUGCUACUCAAACACCUCUACCAAAUACAGUAGAAGAUUUCUGGUUAAUGGUUUUAAACUCAGAAACAAAAGUGAUCAUAGCUUUAGAUGACAAAAAGGAAAAUAAUGUUGGUGAAUAUAUACCUAAAACAGAAAUAAAGUAUGGUGAAGUGAUGAUAAAACGAGGAAAAGAAGAUAAAAAUAGUCAUGGCUAUUAUGAUGUUAUUUCCUGUGAAAUAUCUCAAGAAUCAGAUAACAUAAACAGAACUGUAAAAGUAUAUCAAUGUCAUUUCUGGAAAGGUCAGAAGAAAAUACCUGAAAGUUCAAUGUCAAUAUUCACCUUAUUAGAAGAGAUUUCCAGUAUAAAUAAUAGUGGUCCUCUGAUAGUCAGUUGUUUGAAUGGUGCCAAUAAAAGUGGACUGUUGUGUGUUUUAGCUGCUAUAUUAGAAAGAUUAACAAUAGAACAAGAUGUUAGCAUUAUUCAAACUAUUUUACAACUACGUAUUUCUAGACCAGAGAUUAUCAAUUCUUUUGAACAGUUUCAAUUUUCUUUUGGAGCAAUUGAAGAAUACCUGGAUAAUUUUUCGAAUUAUGCCAAUUCAUGUUGA